CAGCUGGCCAACACCACUGGCCUGGUGCUGGGGACAAGAGAGGGCUGUGCUCCUCCUUGCAGGUGACUUUGAGGGGUGGGAGAGGGGAUUGUGGGUUGGGUUCAUUUAAUGUUGGAAGGCACAGGCAUCAGAGCUUGUCCUGCCUGUGACAAGCUGCCUGUGACAAUGCUCUCCUGGGGACUCCCUGCCAGCAGGAUGUCUUCCUGCCAAGGGUCACAGCAGCGAUCGCGCUGGGUGCGGCCCUGACAAAGGCAGGUGUCCAGCCAAGUGACCUUCUCACCACAGUGUCCUGGAAAAGGAAACGGUUUAGGAAGCCAGGGACCGAGGCUGUGUCCAGCUUUCACACCUGCCAAGUCCCAGCUGGAAGAGUGUAACCCCUUAGGCAAGCCCUGGUGAUGCCACCAGGCUCCCAGAGCCACAGGAUGUGUUGGAGACAGUUCCAUCGCUUGGAGGCACAGGAAGGCUACUGCCCGGUGAGUGACUGCCCUGCCAGACCUCCCGGCUUCUCAGCACGGGGUGGGUUGUUGCUACACCAAUGGGACACCAGAGAAGCAACUGCCCAGCCCUCCCUGAUGCGUGGUUGCAGGUUUCAAGGAGAUGCUGGAGCAGCUCAAAUCCUCCUUCCAUCCCUCCUCUUUUCCUAGCAUUUAGAGAGCAGGGCCACCACUGCCAUCUGGCUGAGCCAGCCCCAGGGAUGGCCCGUGCCCUGUCCUGGCCGUGAGAGGGCAGAAGAAGAAAAGAACACAGCCUGGGACCAGGGCACACAAGGACAUUCAGGUCAGCUGAGACAAGGAGACUUGUUCAGAGAUAUCCCUGACAGAACCACGUCACUGCAGAGAUGGGACACAGCCUGCGUCACAGCUCUCUCCCACCUAGCAUGGACCAGCGUCAGGGGCCACCAGAGAGAAGGCCUGCAGGACCUGCCACGCACCUGCAGCCCAAGGAGGGGACACUGUGGGGGUUCUUUGCCAUCCUGUCUCUGCUGGCUGGGCUGGCCACGGGCACCCUGCGAACACCGCACUGCAACGAGACGCUGGACGCAGCCCCCACGCCGCGGGGCAUGGCCACGGCCAGCGUGUCUGCGGAGGAUGGCGCGGAGGCACCGCUUGCUGCUGCCUGGAGCCAGCUGUACGGGGACAACGUGACAACAGGUAGCCCAGGCACCGUAGAGCUGGCGGAGGACCUGCUGCUGCGUGCCGAGCGCUCGCCGCCAGGUGCCGGCAAAGCCAAAAAGGGGGGGGUGAAAUCCCCACGGCGCAGCCGGGGGCGCAACUGCCACAUCCGCCACCUGAUGGUGAAGGUGCGCGACCUGGGCCUGGGCUUCAACUCGGACGAGAUCGUGCUCUUCAAGUACUGCAGCGGGUCCUGCCACCGGGCACGCAGCAACUAUGACCUGACGCUGGGCAGCCUGCUGCGGCAGCAGCUCAUCACCCCAGGGCCGCAGGAGCGGGUCCUCAGCCACCCCUGCUGCCGGCCCACCCGCUACGAGGCUGUCUCCUUCAUGGAUGUGGAGAACACGUGGCAGACAGUGGAGAAGCUCUCAGCCGCCGAGUGCAGCUGUAUCGGCUGAGGAGGGGGCCGCUGGCUUGGCCCCAGCUCGACACAUGCCGACAGACUCCAGCUUGCCACAUGCAGUGGCACUGUUGCUCAGAACAAGGGUUUGGCAGAGGCUGGUGCCCCUGUUAUUACGUGGCCACAAAGAACCGAGGUGAGGUGGAGUCAUGACUGGGGUGUGGGUGGCCAAGCCCGCUCCUGCUCAGUGCCAAGCAGCUGCUGCCAGCAGCUACAGGGGGUCCUGCCCGGGUGCCCUGGCUCAGCCCUGGGAGACGAGCUGAAGAGAGUAUGGAUCAUCCCCUCCACUCCCAAGGGUCUGCCAGCCCGGGGUCCAGCAGCGGCACUCCUGCACCUGUGCUCCAGGGCCAAGCAUCACCCAAGCUUCAGAGGGGGCAAAACCUCCCUGUCCCCUCGGGCACCCUGGGAUCAGUGGUGCAGGGGAGGGCUGUCCCUGAGGGCAGGGAUGCAGUGGGGCCAAUCUGCACCAGAGUGGAGUGGGGGGUCUGCACCCGGACCAGCAGCAGACUCGUAUCCCGCAGGGUGUUCGCUCAUAGACCCCCGUUGGGACUCCCACCCCUGCCUGGUUCCCAGGGUAGUGGCAGGGUCCCCGCGCUGCUCCGUGGUGCUGUGGCACUAAACUAUUUAUUACUCUAAAUUAUUUAUUUAUUGUUCUCGAGCGGCAGCUCCUAUUUAUGACUUUGGGCCCCCAGCGGCCGGGUGUAAUUUAACCCCAGCGCUGCACUGAAGCCCUGGGCAGCGCCCCGCGCACCCCGCACCCUUUUUCUAUUAUUUGUAAAAUUUGAGGGAUAAACUCUAUUUUUGUACAGUCGCCUUUUCCUGUAGCAAUAAAGCGAUGGGCUGCGCGUCCAGCCCCUGCGUGU